AGGGAAGGAGGGGCCAGCGUCAGUGACGUCAGCGACACCGAGGUGAGCGUGGGCGUCGCCAGUGGUGCUCCAUCAGUGCCUAUGGAUCAUGGCAGGAAAAGUAAAAUGGGUCACUGAUAUCGAGAAGUCAGUGCUGAUCAAUAACUUUGAAAAGAGAGGAUGGGUCCAAGUGACAGAAAACGAGGACUGGAAUUUUUACUGGAUGAGCGUGCAAACCAUCCGAAAUGUGUUCAGCGUCGAAACUGGAUAUCGGCUCUCAGAUGACCAAAUAGUCAACCAUUUUCCAAACCACUAUGAACUGACCCGGAAGGACCUGAUGGUGAAGAACAUCAAAAGAUACAGGAAGGAGCUGGAGAAAGAAGGGAGUCCCCUGGCAGAAAAAGAUGAAAAUGGAAAAUACCUCUAUCUGGGUUUGUGCCUUUUCCACUGGCUCAUGUUUUCAGUAAACAGCUGAAUCGUUUCUUUGGGGUGCGAGGCGCUGAGGUGGUGACUGUUGGCUUUGAUGCAUGAGUAUGUCCAUGCGAGUUGUGGUGGCACCUGUUUCAUUUCAGGUGUCUCCAGAAUGAGGGAGCAGGAGGGGCCUGAGUUUGUGUCUCAAUCUAAUAAAGAAGCCUACGUGAUUUCUCUCUAUAUCAACAACCCGUUACUAAUUGGCGGGAGGAAGUUCGACCUGCGCUUGUACGUUCUGGUGUCCACGUACCGUCCGCUACGCUGUUACAUGUAUAAGCUUGGGUUUUGCCGGUUUUGCACAGUGAAAUACACCCCGAGUACCAGUGAGCUGGACAACAUGUUCGUUCAUCUCACCAACGUCGCCAUCCAGAAACACGGGGAGGACUACAACCACAUCCAUGGGGGCAAGUGGACAGUGAGCAACCUGCGGCUGUACCUGGAGAGCACCCGCGGCAAGGAGGUGACCAGCAAGCUGUUCGACGAGAUCCAUUGGAUCAUCGUGCAGUCCUUGAAGGCUGUGGCGCCGGUGAUGAACAAUGACAAGCACUGCUUUGAAUGCUAUGGCUAUGACAUCAUCAUUGAUGACAAGCUGAAGCCCUGGCUGAUCGAGGUGAACGCGUCCCCGUCUCUCACGUCCAGCACUGCCAACGAUCGCAUCCUCAAGUAUAACCUGAUUAAUGACACCCUCAACAUCGCCGUCCCGAACGGUGAAAUCCCAGACUGCAAAUGGAACAAGUCGCCCCCAAAGGAAGUCCUCGGCAAUUACGAGAUUCUGUACGAUGAAGAACUGGCCCAGGGUGAUGGGGCCGACCGGGAGCUGAGAAGUCGUCAGGGCCAGUCUCUGGGGCCCAGAGCAGGCCGAUCCAGAGACUCGGGGAGAGCCGUCCUUACCACCUGGAAGUGACUCCCACCCGGACCUUAUCAAAACUACUCACUCUACCCGGGCCCCUGCUGAAGCCCUAUUUUGAAAUUUCCCUUUUCUAGAGCUUUUUUCCUUUCCUAAGCCCUGUAAAUAAAUGAAGGCACUUCUUUGGAAGGUU